AUUGGUAUUGGCUUUAAUGUGUUCAUUAUGUUUAUGGCAGCCAUUAACAUUAAGUCACUGGUCAAGGUCGAUGACUUGUACUGAACAUUUCUCUUGACCCAAGAAAUGUAUGCAUAGUGCACACUGCUUUAAGGAGCCAUUAGAUUUAGUAACUGAAUACUGAACACACUGGUAAACUGAUUUGAAGUUUAUUGUGGUUUCUGUAUGAAAUAAAAAGCUACAUCAUCACAGCUUGAAACAGAAUGCACUGAAAUUUUUCUGACCCUCCUAUGUUACACAACUUCUCCUUGAAAUGUAUCCUAAAAUAUUUUCCUAAUGCCUAUUUGUAACAAGUGUUAAAUGCUGGGCACACAAAUGUAAUUAAAACCUUUGGCUUCAGUACACGCCACCGGAUUUUCUGUAGAGAAUAUUAAAGAAGUGGCAGCAUAGUCGUUUCAUAGCCACAGCCUUGCCAACAGGUAUUAUUAGCCUCAGCAGACGAAAAAAAUUUCAUCUUGCACACUUACGAUAAAAUCACGAAACCUGUAUUUGCUAUGUUCUUAAGAGAGUCAUAUUGCAAAGCUCCUGUUUAAACAUUUCUACGACAGAAUUUUCACAUCGAAAUUAUAGUACUACUUGGGACUACAUAACAAGAAAGUUUUGCGCUUCACUCUGUUGGGCACAGUAUUUCAACCACUGCUUUCUGCGUCAAACAAUGCUAUGCUGCUGCAGUAGAAAGAAAUAAUAGUUUUCUGAGGAGACAGUAUCUGUUGUUACAUUAUACAGCUUACACGAUAAAACGCUGUGUACCUAAAAUUGUCAGGUUACGUAAAUAUAACAACAAAAAGGCAAAACAUGAACAAUAAAAAUUAAUAUACUUUACUAUAUCAAAAUCACAAUAUAUCAAGAUACACACGAAACUGUAGCUAACAUGAAAAUAACAUUUUUCACUUUCGUUUGUAAUUCUUCCCGAUGCACGACAUGUUAAAACUUCUCAUAAUAAAUAUUUACAACAGACUCGAAUGUUAAAACAGACACAACAGUAGUCCCUAUGUCUUGUAUUUUCUUAGUGAUGCACAGUGCUUAAAUCUUCUCCUUUAAUACUGCACAGAACUAAACAUUUUGCGCGGUCCCCGAUUCUUCUACAACACCAAUUACACUUCGGGCAUCAUCGGCUCCUGACAUGACGUCACGAUGGCGGUCGUGAGGAGCUGAAGCCAAUAGCUGCCCUCCUGGCGAUCACAUGGUGCACAUCGACCAAUGGCAGACCCGAGUUCUCAUUAAUAGUCGGAAAUUUUCUGACAAGCGUAGAAAAACUUUUCAUCAACAGCCGCCAUUUUGAGUUACUGGGACCGUGUGGAAAUUUGGAUAUUAUUCUUCAAAUUACCGUCAUUUUCCUUCUAAUAAUGGACGCUAGUGCGUUGUAUUAGAGACGUGAAGUGUUUUGUGCCGCCGCACUUGGUCCAUAAAUGUUAAAAGACGUAUGAUGUUGAAAAAUUGUGGGUGAUUUACUUUUGGAUCAUUGUGCAGUUCCGUCGGAAGAUGGAGAGUGGGACUGUGUAGGCUCAUCCGCCAAUUUGGGGCUUCAUUAAGCUCAGUAGUUGACUCUGGAGUAUUAAUAUGUGCCUUGAGGGAUGCAGUGUUCGUCGAACUAUUCCAGUGAUAUUUCUGAGGUGUUAUUUAUGUUGUCGGGAACAAGCAGAACCGUGCUUCGUGGAUUCAAAUUCCAUUAAAUACGAUACUGUGUAGGCUAGUAGACACGGCUUGGUAAACAGGGAGAUAUGGCCGAUCAUCUCGUCGACGGGCCGCCAAACAAGCGGCAGAAAAUGACUGACUCCUUCCAAGGGCCUUCUGACUCGUCCGUACCGUUGGCGCCUUUAAUGAUGCACCAUGCUUACAACUUCGGCUUGGCUACACCUCUGGGGAACAAUGGUGGCAGGGGAACACAACAACCGCAACAGCAACAGCAAUGGAACACGCAGAAGAGAAACUUGUUUACAAACACUACAAUGUUUGCCUUGGAGAAUGAUCUUCCGGAUGAUCUCCUGUCAACUGGCUCGUGGAGUACAUCUAUGGAAAGUGCUAAGCAGCCUCCGCCAGGUCCAGGGCCAGGUUCUGGAGGUCAACCAGGCACAGCACUCCAGAAUGGGACUGUUGAACAGUCUCAACAAGGUGCUGGGACCGCAGCUGAAGGGGCUCGUCAACAUGUAGCAGCACAACAGCAACAGCAACAACAGACACAGCAGCAGCAACAGCAACAACCGCCGCAACAAACUCAACAACCACAACAGCAACAGUCACAGCAGUCUCAGCAGCAACAGCAACUAGUGCAGCAGCAACAGCAGCAGCAUCACCUUCUGCAGCAGCAACAACAGCAGCAGGGAAACAAAGGAUUGGUGGUCAACUCCAUGGGGCUCACUGCUGGAGCACUUGGCAGUAAGAGCCCCAAUUUACAGUCUGCACCAAAUGUAUCUGUGAGCAAGGGUGUAAACUCAUUAGUAGUUAGCUUGAGCAGUUUGCCCUCCAGCAUAGCUUCAACACAAACAAUGACAGGGAUCAGCAUGGGAAUGAAUAGUGGAGGUGGCAUGAUAAUGACAAGUGCUGUUCAUAAUCCUGUCCAGAAUGGGCCACUCGUUGUGUCACGAACUGUAGGCUUACAACAACAACCACAGCAACAGCAGCAGCAACAACAGAGCCAUCUUGUUGCAAGGGGACAAUCACCACACCAGGUGCACACAGUUGGAAUAGGUGGACCACGGAUGCAGAAUCCAAAUAUCUCCACAAUCAGCCAGAUGGGUCAAGCUCUUAAUGCUGGCAGCCCUUACGGAUAUGCUCCUCCAGGUGGGGCUGCAGCAGGGCCACAGGCUGUCAGUGUUCCACCACCUGUUGGAGUAGUUACUCCUCAGCCAAGAUCUACUAUGAUCCCCAACAUGCCGUCGAUCCAGGGUACCCGCUUUGGGGCGUCUCCAGGUAGCUCUUUAGGUGGUCCAGCUGUUGUAGGAGUGACUGGAACAGAAGGAGGCAUUGCACCUCAAGCGCAGCCUCCUGCACCAUCUCCGGCUCAGCCACAGUCUGGAGCACCAAGUGGGAGCCAGCCUGGUCCUCAAACAGCAACCCAGAGUCAGGGAGCACCACCUACCCAGGGUCAAGCUACAGCCACUCCCACCACGACCUCCACCGCUGAUCCUGAAAAAAGGAAGCUCAUUCAGCAACAGCUUGUUUUGCUGCUGCACGCGCACAAAUGCCAGCGAAGGGAGAGUCUCUCUAAUGGAGAAACGUGGCAGGGAAGUCAGUGUACGUUACCACACUGCAAGACAAUGAAAAAUGUGUUAAACCACAUGACUACGUGCCAGGCAGGAAAGUCUUGUUCAGUUGCACACUGUUCCUCUUCGCGGCAGAUAAUCUCACACUGGAAGCACUGCACUCGGACAGACUGCCCUGUAUGUUUGCCACUGAAACAGGCUGAUAAAAUACGGCAUCAGCAAAAUAUCGUAUCUAAUCAGGCUCCCAGCAAUCAACCAACGGCAUCUGAUAUGAGAAGAGCAUAUGAUGCCCUUGGUAUUCAGUGUCCCACAACUGCUGCACCAGGUGGCCUUUUAACUCCUAGUAAUGUGGUGAACAGAGGACACCGCAUGGUCGCUCCUGGUCUUGGUGUUGGGCCAGCUCAGCCUAAUGUGGUGGGUGGUGCAGUUAGAGUUGCUGCACCUCCUCACACGCAAGUUCAAGGUCAGAGUGCAGCUCAAACUGUUGUGGCACCUAAUGUGUCCCUCCCACUAUCAUCAGACCCUACCUCACAGCAGCCACCACCGACACAAGGCCCAGUUUCAGCUGCAGCUCAGGCUGCAGUCGCUACCAUUCAGCAGACAGUUGCAAAUAUGCAAAAUUCCUUGUUCGGGCUUGGAGGUGCUGAGCCACAAACAUCAGCAGCACUCGCUGCAGAGAGCCGACUUGCAAAUUUGCAGCUGCCAGCUGUCUUCCCACCAGGUCAAGUCACUGCAACACCUGUGCAAGGGACCAAAGAGUGGCAUCAGUCUGUCACCCCUGAUUUGCGAAAUCAUUUGGUGCACAAGCUUGUCCAGGCAAUUUUUCCAACUCCUGAUCCACAAGCUAUGUUGGACAAGAGGAUGUACAACCUUGUAGCGUAUGCUCGAAAAGUAGAAGGAGAUAUGUAUGAAAUGGCUAAUUCUAGGUCGGAGUACUAUCACCUAUUGGCUGAAAAGAUAUACAAGAUUCAGAAGGAACUAGAAAAAAGUGUUGAUGAGAUGUGCAAAAUUGCAAGUCAGGUUGAAUUUAUAUGGACUCGAACAUUUCAGUUGAAGUGCAAAAGUUCUGAGGAGCAGCAGCAGCAACAGCCACAACCUCAACUGAGGCCGACGGCCCCAACAGUGCCAUCAAAUGUACAAAUACGACCCACAGCUGCAGCACCAGGUGUCCCUCAUGGAGGAACAUUAACAGGACUUCAACAGCCAACUCGUCUGCAGUUCCCAGCACAACCCACACAGCAACAGCAGCAGCCACAACAGCCACCUCAACCACCACAACAGCAACAGUUGGUCGUAGGACCACCUGGUCCUAGCCCCACAGGAACUUCCGUAACAUCAAGUUUGUCGAGUACAGCUUCAUUUGUACCGCCAACAAGUGCAGCUGCAGCAGUGACAACUAGUCAGUUCAACAAUGGCCUGGCAGCAUCUCCCACUGCACAGUUCUCAGAUCAGGUGAAAGCAAGAGUUGCAGGUGGCAACACAACUCCUGGUGCACAGACACCUCCAUCGGCUACCUCCCAGUUCACUCUCCAGACCCAAUUCUCAAAUGCAGCAGCUGCCCCAAGAGUUUCUGUUGUCCCAUCUGCAGCAGGCCAAGGUUCAGACAGUGUUUCAGUUUCAGGUCCCUCCCCAGGUCUUUCUCAGACUGUUAGCUCAGCAGCUUUGCCUUGUCCUACAGCACAAGUUCCACAGCUUGUUCCGCAAAGUGCCCCUGGAUCUACAGCAGGAUCUGUUGUUACAGCAUCAAUGACCCAACAGCAGUUAGCAAGUCUAGGAAAGGGAAUGCCUGCAGCUGAGCGAGCUGCUCAGUCACGUCCCACGACAAGUGGUUUGUCCAGCCAGAUGGCAGCCAUUGCAGCUUCUCUCAAUGAGGAUGUGGAUUCACCACCUCCAGCUACAAAAGGAAAGCUGGAUAACAUGCAUGCAGAUGGAGAAAAUGAUAUUAAAGUGGAAAUAAAGCAAGAGAAUGAUUUGAAUGAUCAACAUGACGGUGGAGGUGGGAAAGGUAUUAAUAUAGACAGCAUCAAGACAGAGAUUAAGACUGAACCAAUGGAUGACUGCAACACUACAUCAGAAAGUAAUGUCCUUGUUAAAGAGGAAGUUGUAACAAAGGAAGAGCCAGUAACGCCGAUGUCGUCAUCCAGUAUUGAAAAUGCAGCAGCUGAUAUUAAACCAACUGUUCCUGAGCCUAGUCAGGGCGGAGGUGCAAGUGGUGCAACAGAUAAAAAGAAAAAGUGCUUGUUCAAGCCAGAUGAACUUCGACAAGCCCUAAUGCCAACACUAGAGAAACUAUACAGACAAGACCCUGAGUCUCUCCCAUUUCGUCAGCCUGUUGAUCCACAAGCGUUGGGGAUUCCUGACUAUUUUGAUAUUGUAAAGAAGGCAAUGGACUUGUCCACUGUGAAACGGAAACUGGAUACUGGGCAAUAUUCAGAUCCCUGGGAAUAUGUAGAUGAUGUCUGGCUGAUGUUUGACAAUGCUUGGCUAUAUAAUAGGAAGACAUCUAGAGUUUAUAGAUAUUGCACUAAGUUAUCAGAAGUAUUUGAACAAGAAAUUGAUCCUGUCAUGCAAGCAUUGGGCUAUUGUUGCGGUCAUAAAUAUACUUUCAAUCCUCAAGUGCUUUGCUGUUUUGGCAAACAAUUGUGUACUAUACCAAGAGAUGCAAAAUACUAUUCAUAUCAGAACAGAUACACCUUUUGUCAGAAGUGCUUCAACGACAUCCCUGGAGACACGGUCACCCUCGGCGAUGAUCCAACCCAGUCUCAAACUGUGAUCAAAAAGGAUCAGUUCAAGGAGAUGAAGAACGAUCACCUUGAAUUGGAACCUUUUGUAGAAUGUACUGAUUGUGGACGGAAGCUGCAUCAGAUAUGUGUUCUUCAUUUGGACCAGAUAUGGCCACAAGGGUUUUGUUGUGACAAUUGUUUGAAAAAGAAAGGCCUGAAAAGGAAAGAGAAUAAAUUCAAUGCAAAAAGAUUACCAGCUACCAAAUUGGGUACAUAUAUUGAGACAAGAGUUAAUAACUACCUGAAAAAGAAAGAAGCUGGAGCUGGUGAAGUCUUCAUAAGAGUGGUUUCUAGUUCUGACAAAAUUGUCGAAGUCAAACCAGGAAUGCGCAACAGGUUUGUGGAUGCUGGGGAGCUACCAGAACAGUUUCCUUACCGUGCAAAAGCACUUUUUGCUUUUGAGGAAGUGGAUGGAGUGGAUGUGUGCUUUUUCGGCAUGCAUGUCCAGGAAUAUGGUUCAGAGUGCCCAAGCCCAAAUACACGCCGAGUGUAUAUAGCAUAUUUGGACUCCGUUCAUUUCUUUCGGCCACGUCAGUUUCGAACUGCGGUAUAUCAUGAAAUACUCUUGGGAUACCUGGAUUACGUCAAGCAGUUGGGAUAUACCAUGGCCCAUAUCUGGGCAUGCCCACCAUCAGAAGGGGAUGAUUAUAUAUUUCAUUGCCAUCCAGCUGAACAAAAGAUACCUAAACCGAAGAGACUUCAAGAAUGGUACAAGAAGAUGUUGGAUAAAGGCAUAAUAGAGAGGAUAGUCCUUGAUUAUAAGGAUAUUCUGAAGCAAGCAGUGGAAGAUAAAUUAAUUUCAGCAGCUGAACUGCCAUAUUUUGAAGGUGAUUUCUGGCCAAAUGUUUUGGAGGAGAGUAUAAAAGAACUUGAUCAAGAAGAAGAGGAAAAGCGCAAACAAGCAGAAGCUGCAGAGGCUGCUGCCAAUGCUAUAUUUUCACUGCAAGAAGAAAGUGAAACAGGACCUGAUGGCAAAAAGAAAGGUCAAAAAAAGGCUAAAAAAUCUAAUAAAUCUAAAGCCAAUCAGCGAAAAAACAGUAAAAAGUCAAAUACACCGCAGACCGGAAAUGAUCUUUCAGCAAAAAUUUUUGCUACAAUGGAAAAGCAUAAAGAAGUUUUCUUCGUAAUCAGGCUGCACUCUGCACAAUCUGCUGCCAGCUUGGCACCCAUUCAGGAUCCUGAUCCAUUUAUAAACUGUGAUCUUAUGGAUGGAAGAGAUGCGUUCUUAACAAUGGCACGUGAACGUCAUUAUGAAUUUUCAUCAUUGAGGAGAGCAAAGUUUUCAUCUAUGUCAAUGCUUUAUGAACUCCAUAACCAAGGACAAGACAGAUUUGUAUAUACUUGCAAUAAUUGCAAGGGUCAUGUAGAAACGCGUUACCAUUGCACUGUUUGUGACGAUUUUGACCUGUGUGUUCAGUGCUAUGAGAAAGAUGGGCAUCCUCAUAGGAUGGAGAAACUUGGCUUGGACUUGGAUGAUGGCUCCUCUCCUUCAGAUCAGAAGCAAGCUAAUCCUCAGGAGGCGCGAAAACUUUCAAUACAGCGUUGCAUCCAAUCAUUAGUACAUGCAUGCCAGUGCCGUGAUGCCAACUGUCGCCUGCCCAGCUGUCAAAAGAUGAAGAGAGUUGUGCAGCAUACAAAGAUAUGUAAAAGGAAGACAAAUGGUGGCUGCCCCAUAUGCAAACAGCUUAUUGCGCUUUGCUGUUACCAUGCAAAGCAUUGCCAGGAAACAAAAUGUCCGGUGCCAUUCUGUUUGAACAUCAAACAUAAGCUGAAGCAGCAGCAACUCCAGCAAAGAUUGCAGCAAGCACAUCUGUUACGAAGGCGCAUGGCAGCAAUGAACACUAGGACAACAUUACCUGUUGGUCCACUACCAGGUAGUUCAGGGGCAGCAGGGGUGCUUGGUGCUGGUGGUGCAGGUUCAGCAGUUAGUCCAGUGGGUGUUCUUGGGCCAGCAACAUCAGGUGCUGGCAUGGUAGUUGGUUUGCAGCCUCCACAUCAACCAGGCAUUGGUUUGAAACCAGGUGCACAGACUCCCAAUGCCAAUGUCCUGCAGGUUGUAAAACAGGUCCAAGAAGAGGCUGCAAGACAACAGGCACCUCAUGCUCAAGUGGGGUAUGGGAAAGGAAAUCCUCCAGGUGUUGUCACUCAGGCAAUGGCUCAAGUUAUGCCACCUCCUCAGAUACAAAGAGCUAUGGGUCAAAUGGGUCCUAACCCCGCUACUCACCUUAUGCCUAUGGAUCAGUGGACUCCAAGAUAUGCGGCUCAAGGAUUGCCACAGAAUCCAGGAUUGAGGCAGCCAUCACCUCAGUUGAUCCAGCAGCAGCAGCAGCAACCACAACAAGUUGUUCAAGUCACACCUCAGGCACCCCAGUUGGCUGGUCUUGGUCCAGGGGGCCACUUAGGUAUUCGCAGUGCUCCUGGUGUGGCAACACAGGGUGCAGCUGGGGGACCUGGAACUGGUUUACAAAAGCAGGCCCUGCAGCAACUGUUGCAAACACUUAAGUCACCAAACACUCCAGAGCAACAGCAACAGAUCCUCCAGAUUCUCAAAAGCAAUCCACAGCUGAUGGCAGCAUUCAUCAAACAACGGCAGGCAUACCAAAACCAGCAGCAGCAACAAGCUGCUGCAGCACAAGCUGCAGCUGCUCAGCAACAGGCAGCAGUUACUGGGGCAAAUACUGGUGUUCUUGCAACUGGACAGCAACAGCAGUUGCAGCAUCUAAUGUCCCAACAGCAGCAGCAGCAACAACAACAACAGCAACAACAGCAGCAGCAGGUAGCAGCUGCAGGUCGAAUGCAGCAGAUGCAAGCCAUGCUUGGCCAAACAACGCCAGCCACACCGCACCAUUGGUACAAGCAGCAACAGCAGCAGCAACAACAACAACAGCAGCAGCAGCAGCAACAACAACAGCAGCAGCAGUUACUGGCCAUGCAGAGACAUCAAUCUUUUUCACAGCCUCCUGCACCUGUUUAUGGACAACAGCAGCAGAGGCCUCGGCAACAGCAUUUAGUUGGUGCAUAUGCAGGUGCUGGCUUCCCCACAGUGCCCGAACAACAGCCAGCACAGUAUCAGCAACAGCAGCAGCAACAACAGCAACAGCAGCAGCCCCCUUUGAAACCCACACCUCCACCAGCACCAUCACCACAAGGUGUUAUGGGCCCACCAGGUGGAGCUGUGCAGUUGAUGCAGGCUGUGCGAUCCCCUCCACCAAUUCGUUCCCCUCAGCCGAACCCUAGUCCACGGCCAGUCCCAUCACCUCGAAAUCAACCAGUGCCAUCUCCUCGUGGUGGUGGCCCUGUGCCUUCACCUCACCACCAUCAUUCACAGCCAACACACUCUCCAGCUCAUGAACUAACGGGGGGAGAAAUGAUGCUUACACAGGGACACGGGCCUGUCACACACCACCCUUCCCCAGUUGCUGGUGCAAAUGGUCAGGGUCCAAGUGACUCCAAUGAAGUACCACCAAUGACUCCUCAGGACAAGCUUACUAAGUUUGUGGAACAGUUGUAGUAGUACCAGUGUAGUAAAAUGUACUUAAAUUUUGUUGUGUCCCAAUUUUCGUACGAUAAAAGCAACAUAUACUUUCAUGAAAGUUUGGAAGUAUGUGGCAAGCUUUUUGAUGGGGGAAAAGUAUUAAAUCCCGGUUGCACAGUAACCGUGACGUGUUUUGUGAAAACUGUUCAUGUGUACAGUUCCCGUACGGUGCAUUAUAUUACAGUAUAAAGAUAGAGAAUUACCAGGUGCAUCCUAAUAUCCACUGUGUCCUGUGUGUAGUGUAGUUGUAUAAAUAAAAAUGUACAAUGUGUGGAACCUGCGCCAUCCCCUCCCUCCACAACCCUACAUUAUUUUAUUUAACAGACUUUGAACCAUACUGAUCCCAAAGCUGAGGAAGGAAAAACAGCACUGCCUAUUUCACGUUUAUCUUGCUGUGGACACCAUCUGCGUGUGGUGAUAUUUCAGUAGUUGUAAAUAGUCAAUGAAUGAAAUUAGUUUAUCAGGGAAGGGAAGGGGAAGGCACUGUGAACUUUGUAAACUGUAUGAAUUAUUGGCUUAGCAAGGCUGUGUUUUGUUUCUUUUUUUCUUUGUGCAGACAUUAAAGGUGUAAUAUUAGAACACUGAGAUUUGUUGCAUAAUAAAGCAUCUGAACAAAUAGUAAAUAUCUGUAAUGUUCAAAGUGCAAGAAAGAAACUAUACUUCUUAAACUAUUAGUAAAUUAAAUUAAUGAAAGAGAAUGGACUUUGGUGCAUCAAAAUGAAUAGAAUUUGUUAAUUUUAUUUUACAAAAUGAACAAAACAAACAAAAAAAAACAGGAAGUGUUAUCUUACCUUUCUGAGACAUUAAUAAAAAUUGAAAAAAUGAAUAUUUCCUGCUAUUAUAAAUCUACAUUAACUGCAUCAGUCAGGCUGAUCUUGUAAAAGUCAGGUAUGAAAUAUUGUGUAAUAUAAGCUGCAGUACUUUGCCCAUGCUUUUUCCUUUGUAAAGGAAAGAAGGCGGUAAUAGUAAAAUACUUUUUGUUUUCAUUUAUCACAUUUGAAUUUAUUCAAAGAAAAUUUGUAUAGUUAGGUGAUAAAGAAAGAAAGUAGAUUUUGGAGUUCAGAGCAGUAGAUAUAGAACUGCAUUCCCAAUCCAUAGGACAUCCUACCCAGCAACCCAUAGCCAGGUAUAUCUGGCACAUUCUCUCUUAGAAAAUUUAUUUUAGAAACAAUUUCCCUGUUUUCUAGUGACUUGAACAAUCACAGAUUAAAAUUGCAGACUUCAUUCCAUUCAACAAAAAAUUGCCUUGCAUUUUCUGUGGAAUGUACCUGGAAAAAAUGCAGUAAUUUGCGUUACAGCAUACGCUUGUGCUAUGAACAAAGCAUGAAGACAACUCUUGGCUUCCUAAGAGCUUUGUCUUUUUUACUACCCCGACCCCUACACCCAGGCAAAAUUGCAUGAAGAAAUAUAUUGGGAGGACAUGAGGUUGCAAAUUUUGUAUCAGUGUUCACUCCUGUAUUGCUCCUUUUACUUUGUGUAGUACUGUGCAUUUAAAAGUGCUGCAGAAUUCUUACUUUUUAUUGUUACUUGUAUUAUUACUUUUAUAAUGUUUGUUUUGUUUAAAAAACAGUAGCUCCUUAAUUGCUGGUAAUAAGAGAAAUCUGAAAUUUCUUGUUUCCAAUACUUUCUGUACUUCCUGCAUGUCCACGAGGAGGCAAACGUUGCCCUUUUGGGACAGAUAUGCCUGUUGUUGUUUUUUGUUCUUUUUUAUUGAUCAGUAAUGGGACAGAGAGAUUUUUGAAAUAUACAUUCAGUGUAUGGAUCAUGAGAUCUCUUACGUAGAGUUUUGUAAAUCACACAUUGAAAAUUUUUGGUAACCCUACUACACUGUAUAGUUAGUUCUGUGAGUAUAAUAAUGAGAAGGAUUUUUCAGUGAGAAUGAUCUAAAUCUCAUACAUGCAUACAUAUGUUAAUUUAUGUACAGUUCAUAUAUCUUGCAAUAUAAGUUCAACAAUCAAAUUGAAGUGAGAUCUCAAAUUUUUAAUGUUUUUAUUUUUGUUUAUUUUUAUUGAAAGAAAUGAUGUAAUUUAAAGUGUAUUGCUGGUGGAGUAUAAAAUAUAUUUGUAGCAGGCACAAGGUUGUGAUGUUAAUAGGGCAGUAAGGACAUAUAUUGUGUCCUAAUCUCCCCUCCACCCAUGUAUUAAAAUGACUGUCCAGAAACACUUUAACAAUGCCCAACUUGAUUGGAAAGGGUAUUUCAGUGGCAUUAAAUUUUUAAGAUAUUUGCAAUGCUGUAAAUAUUUAAAAAAAGAAAGGACUUUUUUACCCAUUAAAAAUUCUUUGAUGGGCUUACAGAGAUUUCAUAUCUGAUACUGAUUAUGUCAUUAAAAGUAGCACAAACAGUAAGAAACUAUCCUGUACUAAAGAUUUAAAAGGAAUAUCACUUUUUCUCAGCAUUCUUGGUCCUUGAUAUAUUUAUUGCCUGUACCCAUUUCAGAAACAUACGUCUAAAAAAAAAACUGCGUUGAACAAUCAUGCCAUGGAAUAAAUAUUGCUUUGUGUGUUUCCAGAUGUGUUAGCAUUUUAUGGAUGCAGUAGUUUUUAUUUCUGUCAUUGGUAUGUACUAUGUUACCAGUAGACACAAAAUGUUAUUGAUGUUCCUGUAUGGUAGUGUGCACGUAGUGCCUUACUGUUUAAUAUAUUUUUUAAGUAUGAUUCUGCUGGUAUUUGUGCAAAAGGUCUGUUACAUGACAUUCAAUGAAAAUAGUUGAGAGUAGGUUUGACAUUUAAUGUACUGAUUCUUGGCAAGAGCAGCAUAGUGUGGAAUUCAUUGUGUAAUUGUUUGUAGGCAGCUGUGUGCUGCAGGUAUUCAUGCAUGUCAUGGUUAUUAUCUUUGUUCAUUUGGGGUAUUCAGAAAAUUAAUUGUGUUUUGUAUUAUACUUUCGGUUGCUUAAAUUUCAGUUAAAUGAAUUCCUUUUAUUCCACAUUGUGUUGCUCUUUUUUUU